CAAUUUUUGAGGAAUUUCUUUUCACUAUGUUCUUUGAAAAUCUAGUACAAUCGAUUAUGGAGAUAAGGUGUUCGAUGAAAUGAGUUUGCUUGGCUGUUCAUGGUUGCUGUGAAAAUGAACACUGAAAGAUUCGAAUUUGAUUUCCGCUCUUUGUUUAAUUCCAACUUCUGAUAUUAUAUGCAAUCUGGCUCCUGUGUUUUUGAAUGGUGUGUGAAAAUGAUGACCAUCGAGACAGCAACAGCUCAGCCUCAGAAAUCAACUAAUAGUGCUUCUAACACUACCAAGGUCCAGAGUUCAGCUCCAUCAUUUAAGAGAUGGGGUAGAAGGCACCCAUUUGUUAGAUAUGGGCUUCCGAUGAUAUCACUCACUGUGCUUGGGGCGGUUGGUCUUGCCCAUCUAAUACAAGGCAGCAAGGAUAUUGCAAAGGUGAAAGACGAUCAGGAAUGGGAGAUCAUUGAGACAAGAAAAGCACUAUCAAGAACAGGACCUAUAGAAGCAUAUAAGCCAAAAAAGAUUUCAUUGGACGAGGAGUUAAAGGCUUUACAACAGAAGGUGGAUAUAAACAACUAUGAGUACAAGAAAAUUCCAAGACCAAAUGAAGGCAAGUCAGGCUAGUCUUAUGGUCUGCAUCCAAGCAAUCGAUGGAAAAGUCUUGUAAGUAUAAUAGUAACACUUUCGUAUUCCCAAUGAACUCGUUCGUGCCAUUGUCCUUAUCCGGCAGAAUGCUUAUGCAUUUCUUUGAUUCGGUCAUGCUCUGAGUUAGUUGAUAUUUGUAAUGAUGAGUAAUCGCAUUAUCUCAAGGAUUCUUACAAUAAGCCAAUUAGUUGUUUAGUAAAAAAAUAUUUCCGAGUAUGAUACAUCCAUAAUUCACAAUUUUAUGGGGAAAUGGCCAUUUUGUAAUUUUAUACUUAACCAAAUUCCUUGGUCGAAAGCUAAAAAUCAUGCAUCUGGUUUGGUUA